UUUAUUCGCUUAUUUUCGGAUAAUGCUUAGAUAAUGAACUAAGGAAAUUAAUAAAAGGCCAAGAGUUCAACAAUUGCACGUCUUGCGAAACAAUAUUUUAAGUUCGUAACUAUAGUAACUUACCUUUUAUCACUCGAUUGAAGAUUUAUUUUUCAAGAAUCAUGAUGAAUUCAAUAAAUAUGAUUCAGCGAACAUUAGUGAUACGUUCAUCAAUAAAACAAUUCCCAAAAUAUAAAUCAACCGAUUCAAAAAAAGAGGAAUUAAAGGAAACAAUAAAAAUGAAGACACCAAUUGGGAAAUUGGAUGAACUAAAAUCUGGUAAGCAUCCAUUUCAAGAAAAGGAACCACUUAAAGAAUUUCCGGAAGGUCGAAAUCCAGUUACAGGAGAACAAAAUGGUCCAAAAGGCCCAGAACCAACUAGAUAUGGUGAUUGGGAAAGGAAAGGAAGAGUGUCUGAUUUUUAAUUAAAAAACACAUGUAUAAAUAAUUUGUUUAUAAUUAAAUGUCUAGAAUGUAAAUUGUAAAUUAAA